CGCACCGUCUCCAGCAGCAUUGCGCAGCGGAACGCGCUCGGGGGUUUUGGUCUUUGCGCGUCUGGAGCGGUCACGACGCGUUUGACUGACGGUCAGAGAAGAAGUGCUCAGGAGCUACUCUUGUGUUUUCGUCCUUUCUCUUUCCACCGGAUAUUUACUUAUCGCUCAUCAUGGCCGUGACCGAAGCUGGAUGUGAUUUAACUUACUGCAAAAUGAGGGGGAUCGUAACCGUUCUCGCUGCUUUCAUCAAGGAGAGAAAAAUGGGGCUGAAUGACUUCAUCCAGAAGCUGGUGUCUACCCCACAUAUCUGCCAGCAUGUCGAGGUGAACAGUCUCCUGAAGAUUGAUGAGAAUCAAAACGAAGAGUUGGAAAAUGAACUUCUUCAAAGUGCUAUGUGCCUAAAUUCACGAAGUUCACUGGCUGAGGAAACUCAAAUCAAACCCUGUGAUUUUGACUACCUCAAAAUCAUCGGCAAAGGCAGCUUUGGAAAGGUUCUGCUGGCUCGACACAAAGAGUCCACCCAAUACUACGCUGUCAAAGUGCUGCAGAAGAAAAUCAUUAUGAAGAAGAAAGAGCAAAAGCAUAUCAUGGCUGAGCGCAGUGUGCUGAUGAAGAACAUCAAACAUCCCUUCCUGGUGGGACUGCACUACUCUUUCCAGACUACUGACAAACUGUACUUUGUGCUGGACUACGUCAACGGUGGAGAGCUGUUCUACCAUCUCCAGAGGGAGAGGAUCUUCCUGGAGCCCAGAGCCAGGUUUUACGCUGCUGAAAUUGCAAGUGCGCUCGGGUACCUCCACUCCCUGCACAUCGUGUACAGGGACCUGAAGCCUGAGAACAUCCUGUUAGACUCGCAGGGCCAUAUUGUCCUGACAGACUUCGGUCUCUGCAAAGAAGGCCUAGAGGCCAAUGGUACCACGACAACCUUCUGCGGGACACCUGAGUACUUAGCCCCUGAGGUUCUCCAGAAGCAGGCGUAUGACCGCACAGUUGACUGGUGGUGCCUGGGAUCAGUGCUGUAUGAGAUGCUCUACGGACUUCCUCCUUUCUACAGUCGCAACACAGCGGAGAUGUACAACAACAUCCUGCAUAAGGCGCCUGUGCUCAAGCCCAAUGUGUCGAACGCAGGCAGGGAACUGCUGGAGGGGCUCCUGCAGAAGGACCGCACCAAGAGGCUGGGAGUCAAGGAUGACUUUCUUGAGCUCAAGUACCAUUCCUUCUUUUCUCCAAUCAACUGGGAUGACCUGAUGGCCAAGAAGAUCACACCUCCAUUUGUCCCCUCAGUGUCUGGUCCCACAGACCUGCAACACUUUGACCCCGAGUUCACCCACCUGCCCGUGUCCUCCUCCCUGUGCAACGACACCCUGACUGUGACGAGCAGCAUCAAGGAAGCAGCCGGAGCCUUCCCGGGUUUCUCUUACGGGCCUCCAGCAGAACACUCCUUCAUGUGAACAUCUGAACCUCUGCCCAUCUGUCCAGAGGAAUGAAAGAGAAACAGAUCAAGAGCUCUAGAUUGAGAGCCUUAUAUUUGCAGCAGGACCACACACAGCAGCAAACAGGAGGGACGCUGCAACUAAGGCCUGAUAAAUGGAUUUAACUGAUCAUGAACCAGGAGGGGCAGGACAUGAGGGAUCUUCUGAACAGAUGGGGACUCUCAUGUUUUAACACCACCGGCCCCUCUCCUCUGUCUCAAGCACCCAACUCUACAAUACAUGUGUGCCAAGUAUGGAUGCACUCUGGGGACAUAAAACAUCGAUCUCAUGGUUCUGGACCUCACAGCUACUGGUGAGGUGACGUGAGGAGAAGUGCCUGAGGUUCAAAAGGCAGUUUGGAUGAUGGCGACGGCGGCGGUGGCGGCGGCAGCGGCGGCUUUGGCCAAGAAGAGCCAGCUUUAUCAAAACCCACACAACCAUUUCAUUGGUGUGGACUCUGUUCGCACCAGGGCGAUGGCCGUAAAACGGUGAUGCCUUCAUUACAUUACGUGUCGACAAAACGUCUUUUAAUUUCAUAAUGCAUUGAUAUUUUUCCAUGUGAAUGCUCAAUUGCACUUGAGGAAACAAGGGUCUGCUUAAAGGUUUCAGCAAACUUUGAGAUUAGCCAGCUGCAUAUCUCUCCACUUUGUGUUUCAUAUCACUACACAGGAAUUAUGGCAGUUCAUUAUUGCACACUCGUAAUGAUACUUGGACCAAACAGUUAACUAGGAUAUGCUUUCACAUUUAACGACACUUUUUGUUUUACCCGCUUGUCCUCAUAAACUGAAGAUCAAAGUUUUACUGUACUGUUUAGAGGAAGUUACAUAUAUUUUAUUACAAAACCAAAAUGGUUUUCCAUGUUUUGGUAACCACAAACAUUCAC